AUGAUGGCGACUCCAAACUUGAACAAAGAGCUUCACUAUCUCAACAAGGAAGACAAACUGCUGCGCUGGCUCCUAGUUAAACACCGCGACAUCAAGAUUGGACAAGGAUCGAGCGAUCUUCUUAACGAUGAGUCUAACAGAGUUACUAGCAGAAGCUUAUAUGAUGAAUCAUCGACGGAUGAAGAAGACAAUGAUCUUUUAAGGUUACCGCGAUGA